AUAUGAUCAUGGGAGGCGGCGAGCAAAAAGACCACCUUCUACUAAUUGUUCCGUGGGAUGAAAGUGAAGACGAGAAAGUGCAGAGGGCGCUGCAGCGAAUUCGUCAACGAUUCCCGCACCUGAAGAUUACAUUUUGGGAUCGAAGGCCGGGGCGUUCGCUGACGGACAUUCCAAAGGAAAUAUAUCGCGAUGUGACGGUGUUGGCAACAUUCUCAGCAUUGCCUCCUUCCAAGGAGGACAGUCCCAAGCUUGAGCUCAUACAAUUCUUCUCCGCUGGAAUAAACCACAUUGUCAACACGCCCAUUUACCAGGACUCUGAAAUCCCACUGGCAACUUCCUCGGGCAUUCAUGGGCCUCAGAUCGCUGAGUGGGUCCUCAUGACCCUUCUCGCGCACAACCACAAGCAGAAACUGCUAUUGAAAUGGCAGACGGAGCACCGCUGGCCGGAUGGGAACACAAAGCAGUCACUCGGCAGUGUGGCUGAUUUGGCAGGCAAACGACUCGGUGUGCUUGGAUAUGGUAGUAUUGGGCGGCAGGUUGCCCGCGUGGCCAAGGCAAUGGGCAUGGAUGUCAUCGCCUACACUGCCAGCCCGCGCAGUACGCCAGAAAGCAAACGAGACAACGGAUUCAUUGUGCCGGGCACUGGAGACCCGGAGGGAACUAUUCCCAGCGCAUGGUAUAGCGGACUGGACAAAGAAAACUUACACAAUUUUCUGAAGCAAGAUAUUGAUGUUUUACUUGUUUCCGUACCACUUACCCCCCAAACGCAGCAUCUCCUAAGCAAGGAGGAAUUCGAGCUCCUAGGCCGCUCCCCGCAUCACGCAUUCAUAUCGAACAUUAGCCGCGGGCCUAUCAUCGACCAAGUCGCUCUAUUUGAUGCGCUGAAGGCCGCUUCAUCAGCGGCCAUUACUUCUUCUACUUAUACACCAGAUUCUCCACCUCCGCAAGGUCUGUCCAAAGAAAAACAUGAAGAUAAACCAAGCAGAGCAAGCGAAGCAGAUGCAGCAUCAUCAUCAGCAUCGGAGGGGAAUGAUGAGGAGGAGAAAGAAAAGGAGAAGGAGGAUGCGGGCAAAUCAGCACCGAAAUCUUCUUAUUUUCUCUCUGGCGCUGCGCUGGAUGUAACCGAUCCGGAACCCCUUCCGGCCGAUGAUCCGCUGUGGGAUCUUCCAAACGUUCAAAUCACGCCGCAUAUUAGCGGGUCCGGCGCUGCGUAUAUUUCGCGUGCGUUUGCUGUGCUGGAAACUAAUUUGGAGCGAAGAGCUCGUGGGGAGAAAUUGAUCAAUCUAGUUCAGAGAAAGCGAGGGUAUUAAAAAAACCGACUAAAACGAGUUGUGGAUCUUCGCGUGCCAAUAUUUUGGGCAUGAAAAAGGGGUCCUCCUAGCGCUGUAAGGGCUUCAUGUCUAAUACAGAGAGUACAGGAGUACAGUAUAAAGUUUCAUUUCACUGCAACGGACAGGAAUAAUUGCAUUGCGAUAAAUCUAAUCAGUAUUACAUCACAUUUGAUCUAUUCGCCCGCCUAUGCACCAGACUCUUCUAAACAAAGCAGAAUAUUAACAAGCUUGGAAAUACUCCUUAAGACCCCAUCCAUAUCUAUGAGAAAAUAUACGCCUACAACGCUUCCUACCUUAUUGCACCAUCCCGCGAGAUCACAUGAACAGAUACAAAGCCAGGAAUCUAAACUGAAAAAAAAAAAAAAAAGCUUGGAAAAGAAGGGGGG